AUGCAAUUUUCCCAGCCUGCUCUGACGGCGAUCGACGCAAGACUUCAAGACAGUUAUGCCUACCUAUCCAGCGUGCGGGUGACCAGGAAUCCUCUCGACUCAACUCUUAGCGUCGAUUUGUUCUCGAGCGCUGGGAUACCUCAAGCAAGCGCGUGGACUUGCGGCAAAAAAGUCCACGUGACUUUACCUGGGCCGGUGAAACUGGUUGGCGUAGUUUCGGAAUCAUGGAAACUCUUGUUAUUGCCAGUGGAAAUCAGACUGUCUAAAGAUCAGUAUGAGCUGAAUGAGGAUUUCUUCGAAAGUCACAAGCCGGAGGUCCUCAUCCAGCAAGUCGAUCAAAGGCAGGACCCCGUAACAAAUUAUUGGAUUCACCAGAAACUUGCUGCAUUCGAAAAAGUCAAAGAAGACGACGCCUUGUCGAUUUGGACGCGUGCUCUUUUUGCUGGUAGAGCUUACGAUUUUCAAAUAAACGAAGACCCAGAAGUUAUUACGGUGAUAAAAAGAAAAAAAACCGUGGAGCUGACGAGAGAGCAAGCAGUUUAUGUCGACACAUUUUUGAAAGGAGCGAAGGCGCUCAUCGGAAGCAGCAGCUUCGGUUGUGGGAAGUCUUUGACUAUCGCCGUCGCCGCGGACCGACGCGCUCAGAUGGACGACGGUCUCCAUCUUAUGCUGGCAGCGACCAACUACGCGACAGCCAACUUGACGUGGAUGUCGUCCGACAUCGAAGACGACCACAGCCGUCCCCUGUUACGGCUCAUAACCGAAAAUAACAGAAAGAUGGUACCGGACGCAUCAAAAACAUUUUACGAUAGUCCAGAAGUCAUCGUAGAAGUUUUCCAUGAAUACUUGACAAAACUUGACACGAGGUUUUUCAAUAAGGAAUACCCGGUCAUUGAUUUUCGCAAAAAUGAAGUAGUUCUUGGCUACUUGCAAAGUCGAAAAGCUUUCCGAUACAACGAGCUGAGAAGCAAGUACGUAAGGAGAAUGGUGGCGAAACAAUGGCCGGCUGCGGAUCCGAUGCGGACAAUCGACGUAUUUUUGGAACUCUCUAACACUGGAAGAAUUUGCGCGACGAUCGGGACCGCUUUGGCUCAUUUCUGCAAUGUUUGGCGUUCCCAUGCCGAGCGAGUGAUGUCCGUCCAGAUCGAUGAGAGCAGUCAGCUCAAGCUCUCGGAGUUCAUCGCUUUGCUCAAUCUCUUCCCAAGCGCACAGUUCUCCUUGGUCGGAGAUAAAAAUCAACUGCCCCCCUUUUCUCCGAUCGAAACACCGCAGUUGAUCGAAAAAUUGGCGAUUGGAGAGAUCUUGGAGGAUCUGGAAAGAUUGGGCACAGUUCCACGUGUCGAGUUCAAUGGCGUCUUCAGAUGCCCUCCAGACAUCACGCAGAUGUUGUCGAAAAACUUUUAUGACGAUCGAUUGUGGUCCGUGAAGGAUAGAUACUACCAGAGUUUCUUCAUCAAGCGUUUUGGAAUGUGGCCAAACCGGGAGUUUCACGUUACCUUUGUGGACCAUGACUACGAAUCUUGGUUGCGAGGAUACACGAGAGUAUGUCCCGACGAGAUGAGAUUCGCCUUGGAGCUGGCGGCGAGAAUCGGCGAUGAAGAUCCAAAGGCGAAAGUGGCAAUCUUGGCUCUUUACCGCGGACAAGCAGAUUUGCUCCAGGUGUGUUGCGACGCAUAUCUCCCUGUCUUCACUGGAACAGUAGACUCAUGCCAAGGUCGAGAAUUCGACGUCGUCAUAAUUCUGACGACUCGGUCUGGCGAAGAGGCUCAUCCAAGCGAAUUCCUCGGGUGUCCGAAACGCAUCAACGUCGCCAUGAGCCGGGCCAAAGAAGCCGUUUUCAUUGUUGGCUCUGAAGCCGACUUGAUAGAGUUACCACACUGGAGAAGGAUCCUGGACGAGAUUCAUCGGCAAGAUGCGUUCACCUCGGUCGACGACUACUUCAGCAGUUGGCGACUGUGAGUUUUCUAUUCCUUUUUGUUGAUAACUCAAUUCAAAUAAAAAAAACAAAAUCCGUUCAAAAAAAAAACUUUGGUGACGGUUUACCGUAGAGUCUGCAAAAAUGAGCAUUGAAUCAGUUUUUUGAUGAGCUCAACUUCAAACUCUCAAAUCAAAAAAAAAUAAUUGAUAACUGUUAUCAAAAAAAUUUAAUUCAAUUCAAUUAAUUAACGCUCCAUUCCCAUUUUUCGUCCCUCAAACCUUUUUUGUGCAAGUUUCUUCAAGAUAAUGGAUUCAGUUCUUAGUAUUUUCCGAAAAUUAAUUAAACAAAGACCAUCUUUUUCAUCAAAAAAUAAACUUUCAGAUCCCGUCGAGAUCCCUACUAAAACAAAAAUGCUACUCAUUCGAUCGCCUGUGCUUCUCUCUCCCAACUUUUUUUCUUCUUUUUUAUCUGACUUGCCUUUCUCAUGUUGAAUAACGGUGAGUUUCCUUUUUCGAAAAAAACUUCAUAUAAACUUCAAGCAAAAUAGUAUAACUGUAACAUGUCGUUUUUCUAGGUCGUUCCCUGCCAAUCCUAUUCCGAAUUACAAAAAGACGUUUUUUUCGCCAAGAACGUUAGAAAGUGAAAAAGUUAUCACCAAAAAAAUGAUCAGGUUGCUGCUUUUCAUGAAUAUCAAGUACAAAUACAUGUGAUUAUGUGAUUAAAAAAUGGCUCAAUGUGUCGUAUAGAACCGUUUUGAAAGAAUGUAAGUUUUCUAUCAAAAAAAUUCUGUUUUCCUUGAAAAUCAAAUAAAACCCAAAAAAAGAUUGGUUUUUCAGCUUCCUUUUCUUUGACCCAAUCAUACAGCCGUGUGGACACAAGUUUCAAAAACCUUGUAAGUUUCAAAUUUAAUAAAUGUUUUGAAAAAUCAAUUUCAGAGCUCCUAUUUCACACAUCUUGUCCCGUCAAGACUGAUCGAUACCGUAUCGAUCGGUUUUACUCAUCAUCUUGUUUCCAACGUUGCUUCUGCUUGGUUCGAGUAAGUCUUGCAAGUUUCUUUUUUUCCUUUAAUUUUUAAGUAUCAGAGACAAUAAAAUUUUUUGAGAAUCGAUUUCAGAGUUCCUAUUUCACACAUCUUGUCCCGUCAAGACUGAUCGAUAACGUAUCGAUCGAUUUUACUCAUCAUCUUGUUUCCAUCGCUGCUUCUGUUUGGUUCGCGUAAGUCUUGAAAGUAUCUUCUUUUUUACCUUAUUUUUUCCCUACAAAGAAAACAUCUACUUUAUUAGAGAUCCUCUAUCGAUGGUCGCAAGGCCAUGGACAAUCAAUUCCGACUCGACAUCGCUCUAUGUUCAAACUUCCGUCCCGCCCAGGUGAUGCUGCAAAUGAAAGGAAAGAUACUAUUCGAAAAGAGCUAUUUCAGAACAAUAAGGUGGCAGUAACAUAUUGAACAAGCUGUAGCCGUACAUCUCAGUUUUGAUGAUAAUUUGAUUUUAAAUGGACGCUCUCAACAAUUUGGAAGUUAACUAUUCUCUCAAAUCUGAAGGAAAUGCUUUCUUUUUCCUUACUCAGAAAAAAUUGUAGCAUAAAAUGAGCAACGGAUAUAUCAAAUUGUCAAUAACAUCCGUUUACUUAAGGGGUUGAAACUUCGGGUCAGAAUGAUUGUAUUAUAAAAAGUUACGGACAAAAAAUCAAAAAAAUACUCAAACUUUUCCGUUACUGUAGUUUUCGAUGAUAGUUCAUUUCAGCUUCUCCCACUCACUGUUCAAACCCUUUCCACACGCGUCUUACGCCUUGCCGUCCACCUUUUCAAUGGAUUAUUCGAUUCGAUAUUAUGGCAUUAUUUUCAUGUGCUUGACGACUGUUUUUUUUCCGACCAUUGUCUUUUCAUCUCAUUUUUUUCAAAGAGACACUUUUUUGGGUUGAAAUUUGUACGGUUCAUUUGAAUUUUUCAUUUUCGGAUGCCGGUUUGGUCCACUUUUCAGAAUUUUUACGACAAUUUUUUUUCUACGGCUAGAUUGUGUAUUUUUAUAUGUUUUAUGUUCGGUUUUCUUCACUUCUUGGGAUUUUCAUGGCAAUUUUCCUUUUUUCCUACGAUGUCGCUGUUAUCAUGUAUUUGAUUUUCCACCUCGGAGGGUUGCAUAUUGCGCUUUAAUUGUACCGUUUUUAAUAUGAUUGUUUUACCAUUGGAAACCAUGACGCUCUCCUUUUUCUCUACUUUCUAUGCUGGUUUAUCUCAAUCAUUUAUAUCAUUUUAUCUACCUUCCUUGCUCCUAACUUGAAAAUGCUUUUUUUUAACUGUUACCGUAGUAUGGACUUAGACUGCAAUAAAAUGUAUGCCGUGAAGAGUUGGAAACAAAAAAAAGGAAAAAUUUUACAACUUUUUGUGUCUCAUAUACAGUGUCGUCAAAAAAAAAAACGAAAAAUGUUUUUGCUCCUAUGAAGCUUAAUUUUUUAGAAACUUGCGGGCUCAUUCAUUAGAGUGUUACAAAUGACAAACCUUACGACCCCAGGAAAUUUCAGAAAGAUUAAACUUCAUAAAAGAAAGUUAUGAGCAAAAAUUUUUUUUUAUUCGUAUCUUGUCUGACGGUACUGUAAUCAAAACAUGCAUUAUUACACAAGAAAAUAAGAGGAAAUUUUGAUUUCCGGAAAGGAACUUGAUCGACUCUUUCAAUGGAUAAUGUAAAUGUUGACCAAAGUUUCCAGAACCUGACAUUGAUGACGAAAUGCUUGAUCAUUUCUCGACAGACUGCUUUUCAUUAUAGAAAGAUGAUGAAAGAGAAAAGUUUCAAUUUUUUUACAACAUAUCAAGUGUGUUCAUUUUCAUUCUGCACGACUUUUCCGCUGUUUUGUUUCUCACAUAGCUUUUGUCCAAAGCAACUGCGACAAUUGUUGAGCUGGGAUUUUUUUGUAAACUAUCGCAAAAUGCGCACAGACAUCUGGUCGGAAGACAAUGCGACGGUACGCUUUUGGGACGGAUAAGGUGGCAAAAAAACAAAAAAGAAGUCGGCUCCCACAUGUGCAGUCGGCUCUUGGACCUCUUCGAGUGAAGUCGUCUUCUCCACUUCUUGGUUAGUUUUUUUUUUGGAAUUUCGUUUCCAUGAUUGAAAAAACUUAGUAUAACCUUGCUACAGUAACUCAGGGCUAGAAGAAAUUGAAAAAAGAAAAAUUGGUCUUUCAAAGUUUUUUUUCUUGAAUCAAAAAAGUUUGAAAAUACGAUUUCAACUGUACCAACAUUUUCCCGGCCAGAACAAAAUUUUUACAGAUCGAUGAACGAAGACAUAAAUUUUCGUCUUCGCGAUCUGCGAAAUCUGCGGCACGUUCCACCAAUCACCCCAAAUCAUGGUCUGAUCCCCAUCGGCACGCGAGUUUGCACUUUUGGUUUCUACAUCCUCGAGCACGAGCCCCACGCGUGAGUUUUUUUAUUAAUCACUUCUGAAAAGAAAAUUUCUCACUUUUUCUUGUUGAUUUUACUUGGGUAUCAAAAAUUAUAGCACUUUGAGAUUUCUAUGUUCAAGGAAUUUUUUUUAGACAUGAAAAUAAGCUCUUGCCCAUUAAAACUGCGUGUCGUUAUGAGUUCAUUCUCAUUUUGACAGUCAUUCUGAUAUUUUUGUAUUAAUAGAAAUUCGCCCAGUACUGUCUCAUAAACAAAAUUUUCAAAAAUUCGUGUUUCAGAAUAUUUGGUGAUCGUAGAAUUCGACUCUUCUGGGACAACGUCACCGGAAGAAAUUUCACUCAGCGUGAAAUCUGGCCGCAGUUCUUUAAUGCCGGCCGGUGUACCAUGAACGGUAUAACUGUCGUCGAACACUACGCUCGCUACCACGACGUCGAAAUUUUCAACGAAGACUUCGUCGUCUUUUUCGGCGGCGAAGGCGUCCCUUGCGUUUUUCUUUCGAUGUCUUUCCAUUGA